CACAAUGGUCACAAUGUCAAUUGAUAAUAUUGAUAGUUGAUUUGUCAUUUUACAUUUGUCAACCUCGUUUCUUUUUAAUUCUAAAAGUAAUAGAUACCUACAUGUUUAUAAUUAGUAUUUAAGAGGUUGAAUCCGUUUAGAUUACAUUAUUUGAAGUUAAUAGUAAAAAAAUAUUAAUGACGCCAUGAGUGCUCGAAACAACUUUAAAAAUUCUCGAAUGAAUUUCAAGUUUCAAAAUGAAUCAAAUACGGACUACAAGGGAACAAAACCAACACGGGAACAGUCGUCUAUAUUUGAAGUUCUCAUAUUAAUGAUUGUGCACGUUUGCAAGAAGGUGCUGUUCUUCGACACUAAUUUAAAAAUAGCCGUAUACCUAGGAGCUCUCUUCUUACUUUCACUCAUCGCGGAUGUUAUUACCUUUCCCAGGACUUAUUUUUCCAGAAGUGAUAAUGUUUUUAACCAAUAUUUUGUAAAAAUUGGCUGGUUUUGGACAUUAUUUUUAACAGUGCCUUAUGUUUUAUUGACAUCUUACACAAUAUGUUGUGGAAAACGAAAGUAUAUAGCAACAGCUCAUUUAUCAAGGUUAAUAAUAGCUACUAUAUCAUGGUAUACUUGGACAAGUAUUUUUAAUGUAAUUGAAACCAAAUAUGGAAGAUGCAAUUCAAAUAAGUUUGAUAAUAAAGUUGCUUGUUUGCAAAAUGGCCACUUUUGGAAUGGUUUUGAUAUAUCUGGACAUUGUUUCAUAUUAAUUUACUCAAGUUUAGUUAUGAUAGAAGAAGCAAAGGCUAUCAAGGGAUGGGAGAGGAUCAAAGAUUAUAUUAGAGAUGAAAAUUACUCAAGAAGUCAAAAUGACAAAUCUCCUAGUACAAAUCCUUUAAAAAAUAUUAAAUCCAGUGAUAUGGAUGUAUUAAAAAUAUCUUAUGAAAAGUUCACACCUUAUGUGAGAGCACUUCUUAUUGCAAUUACAUGCCUACAACUGUUGUGGGAUGUAAUGUUAGUAUCUACAAUUCUCUACUAUCAUAUAAUGGUCGAGAAAUUCUUAAGUGGUAUUAUUGCAAUAUUAACAUGGUUUGUGACAUACAGGGCUUGGUAUACAAUACCAAAAAUAUUACCAAACUUACCUGGACAAGGCAUGUUCAAGUACAAUACUGAAAAACCUGUCCUUUCUAACUUAUUAAAUAGGAAAAGAUCUAGCUUAUCAAAUACUAAGCAUUUCAUGGGAAUGCCAAUAAAUAAAAACCAGGAUAAUAUUGAAACAAAUGAGGAUGGUAGAUAAAUUAUACUGAACGUAGUAUAUAUCAUAGUUUUGGGUGUUUUUUUGGGAGGCUAUGGAGAAUGCAAUUUUUGUUUUAGUGGACACUGGUAAAUAUAUUUAAUAGAGGUCAUAAUUAAAUGAAUAGAUUUCUCUUUCUUCAACAACAUUGAACCUUACUAUCUG